AUGAGCUUCCCCCAACAAGUAAUAGCGCCGGGCCAACGGCUCAACGAGCUUCUGGAGGCCAUCAAACAGGAGUUCGACUCCGUGACCAACGAGGCGUCCGUCUACCGGCUGCACAAGGACGAGUUUGACGUCAAGGUGAACCAGCAGACGUCAGAUCUGGGCCAGAUUCGACAGUCGGUCUACGAGCUAGAAAUGGCGCACCGAAAGAUGAAGGAGCGCUACGAGGAGGAAAUCAUGCGGCUCAAGAGCGAGCUGGAGGCCCGAGGUGGACCCGCUGCGAACCCCGCACACUCCCAGCAGCAGCAACAGCAGCAACAGCAACAGCAGCAACAGCAGCAGCAGAACCAGCAGGCACAGGACCAACAAGCACGGGCCGCGCAACAACAGGCAGCCCAGCAGCAGGCCCUCGCCCAGCAGCAGGCCGCCCAGCAGCAGGCUCUGGCCCAACAGCAGGCCCAGGCUCAACAGCAGGCCCAGGCCCAGGCCCACCACAUGGGUGGUGUGCCCCCUUCGCAAGGACAGCCCCCGUCGCUGCUGCGUCCAUCAUCCAACGUGUUCAGCGGCAUCAUGUCCGGUCAGCCCGGCACCUCUUCUCUGGCUCCCCCGCAGGGACAGCCCGGUCAGCCCCAGCCUGGUCAGCCCCAACCUGGUCAACCCCAGCCCUACUCCGGCUACGUGGGUGCUAACGGCUACACGUCUUCGCCACAUAACGGACCCCCCGUCAUCAGCGCAAUGGCCUCGCCCAACAGCAAGAAGCGACAGGUGUCGACCCCCGUUCCCGGCAAGGCGUCUCCCCAGGUGGCCCCCCAAGAGAUGCAACAGCAGCAGCAACAGCAGGGCCCUCCACAGCAGCAGCAACCUCCCCAGCAGCAGCAACAGAGCCCCGAAGAGAUGGGCAACUACCUGGGCGACAUGGACAUUGAGCGGGUACCUCCGGAGCUCAAAAAACAAAAGGCCGACUGGUUUGUCGUUUACAACCAGCGAGCACCACGGCUGCUGGACGUGGAUAUUGUGCAGUCGCUGGACCACAACUCUGUAGUGUGCUGUGUGCGGUUCUCCGCUGACGGCAAGUACAUUGCCACUGGCUGUAACCGAUCUGCCCAGAUUUUCGACGUGCAGACUGGCCAGCUCAUCUGCCGGCUGCAGGACGACUCGGUCGACCGAGAAGGCGACCUGUACAUCCGGUCCGUGUGUUUCUCGCCGGACGGUAAGUACCUGGCCACCGGCGCCGAGGACAAGCAGAUCCGAGUGUGGGACAUUAAAUCUCAGAGCAUACGGCACGUGUUCACUGGCCACGAGCAGGACAUUUACUCGCUGGACUUUUCGCGAAACGGCCGACACAUUGCCUCUGGCUCUGGCGACCGCACAGUCCGAAUGUGGGAUAUUGAGAGCGGCCAGUGUACUCUAACCCUGUCGAUCGAGGACGGCGUCACCACGGUGGCCAUCUCGCCCGACGGCAAGUUUGUGGCUGCAGGCAGCUUGGACAAGUCUGUGCGAAUCUGGGACACCUCUACCGGUUUCCUGGUUGAGCGUCUGGAGGCCCCUGAUGGACACAAGGACUCCGUCUAUAGUGUGGCUUUCACCCCCAACGGUAUGGAUCUUGUUUCCGGCUCGCUGGACAAGACGAUCAAGCUGUGGGAGCUGCAGGCUCCUCGAGGCAUUCAGGCCAACCAGCGAGGAGGCGUCUGUGUCAAGACGCUGUGUGGACACAAGGACUUUGUUCUGAGUGUGGCCAGCACGCUGGAUGGGCAGUGGAUUCUUUCCGGCUCCAAGGACCGGGGUGUGCAAUUCUGGGACCCUCGAACGGGCCAGGUGCAACUCAUGCUGCAGGGUCAUCGAAAUUCGGUCAUCAGUGUGGCUCCUAGUCCCAUGGGCGGGUUGUUUGCUACUGGAAGUGGAGAUUGCAAGGCUCGAAUCUGGCGAUACUUUCCUGUCAACAGAUAA